AUGGCCCGCGCCCAGGCACUCGUUCUGGCGCUCACCUUCCAGCUCUGCGCGCCCGAGACCGAGACUCCGGCAGCUGGCUGUACCUUCGAGGAGGUGAGUGACCCGGCAGUGCCCUGCGAGUUCAGCCAGGCCCAGAAUGAUGACUUCCAGUGGGAGCAAGUGCGGAUCCACCCUGGCACCCGGGCCCCUUUGGACCUGCCCCACGGCUCCUACUUGAUGGUCAAUGCUUCCCAGAACGCCCCAGGCCAGCGGGCCCAUGUCAUUUUCCAGAGCCUGAGCGAGAAUGACACUCACUGUGUGCAGUUCAGCUACUUCUUGUACAGCCGGGAUGGGCACAGCCCGGGUACCCUGGGUGUCUAUGUGCGUGUUAAUGGGGGCCCCCUGGGCAGUGCUGUCUGGAAUAUGACUGGAUCCCAGGGCCGUCAGUGGCACCAGGCUGAGCUGGCUGUCAGCACCUUCUGGCCCAAUGAAUAUCAGGUGCUGUUUGAGGCCCUCAUCUCCGAAGACCGCAGGGGCUACAUGGGCCUAGAUGACAUCCUGCUUCUUAGCUACCCCUGCGCAAAGGCCCCGCACUUCUCCCGCCUGGGAGACGUGGAGGUCAAUGCCGGCCAGAACGCGUCGUUCCAGUGCAUGGCGGCGGGCAGAGCGGCCGAAGCAGAGCGCUUCCUCCUGCAGCGGCAAAGCGGGGCUCUGUUGCCCGCGGCCGGCGUGCGGCACAUCAGCCACCGGCGCUUCCUGGCCACUUUCUCGUUGGCCUCCGUGAGCCGCGACGAACAGGACCUGUACCGCUGCGUGUCCCAGGCCCCGCGCGGCGCGGGUGUCUCCAAUUUCGCUGAGCUCAUCGUCAAGGAGCCCCCCACCCCCAUCGCGCCCCCACAGCUGCUGCGUGCCGGUCCCACCUACCUUAUCAUCCAGCUCAACACCAACUCCAUCAUUGGCGACGGGCCGAUCGUGCGCAAGGAGAUUGAGUACCGCAUGGCGCGCGGCCCCUGGGCCGAGGUGCACGCCGUCAACCUGCAGACCUACAAGCUGUGGCACCUCGACCCCGACACCGAGUACGAGAUCAGCGUGCUGCUCACGCGCCCCGGAGACGGCGGCACCGGUCGCCCCGGGCCACCCCUCGUCAGCCGCACCAAGUGCGCAGUGCCUGGAGGGAUUGCAGCUGAGUCCCUGACCUUCACUCCGCUGGAGGACAUGAUUUUCCUCAAGUGGGAGGAGCCCCAGGAACCCAAUGGCCUCAUCACUCAGUACGAGAUCAGCUACCAGAGCAUCGAGUCAUCAGACCCGGUGGUGAACGUGCCGGGCCCACGCCGCACAAUCUCCAAGCUGCGCAAUGAGACCUACCACGUGUUUUCCAACCUGCACCCGGGCACCACUUACCUCUUCUCUGUGCGGGCCCGCACAGGCAAAGGCUUUGGCCAGGCGGCACUCACCGAGAUCACCACCAACAUCUCAGCUCCCAGCUUUGAUUAUGCCGACAUGCCGUCACCCCUGGGCGAGUCUGAGAACACCAUCACCGUGCUGCUGAGGCCGGCACAGGGCCGUGGUGCACCCAUCAGCGUGUACCAGGUGAUCGUGGAGGAAGAGAGGCCACGGCGGCUGCGGCGGGAGCCAGGUGGCCAGGACUGCUUCCCAGUGCCGCUGACCUUCGAGGCGGCGCUGGCCCGUGGCCUGGUGCACUACUUCGGGGCUGAACUGGUGGCCAGCAGCCUGCCCGAAGCCAUGCCCUUCACUGUGGGUGAUAACCAGACCUACCGCGGCUUCUGGAACCCACCGCUGGAGCCCAGGAAGGCCUACCUUAUCUACUUCCAGGCGGCAAGCCACCUGAAGGGGGAGACGCGGCUGAAUUGCAUCCGCAUCGCCAGGAAAGCUGCCUGCAAGGAAAGCAAGCGGCCCCUGGAAGUGUCCCAGAGGUCGGAGGAGAUGGGGCUUAUCCUGGGUAUCUGCGCAGGGGGACUUGCCGUCCUCAUCCUCCUCUUGGGGGCCAUCAUUGUCAUCAUCCGCAAGGGGAGAGACCACUAUGCUUACUCCUACUACCCGAAGCCGGUGAACAUGAACAAGGCCACUGUCAACUACCGCCAGGAGAAGACCCACAUGAUGAGCGCCGUGGACCGCAGCUUCACGGAUCAGAGCACCCUGCAGGAGGACGAGCGGCUGGGCCUGUCCUUCAUGGACGCCCACGGCUACAGCUCCCGGGGAGACCAGCGCAGCAGCGGGGUCACUGAGGCCAGCAGCCUCCUGGGGGGCUCACCACGGCGUCCCUGUGGCCGGAAGGGCUCCCCGUAUCACACGGGGCAGCUGCACCCUGCAGUGCGUGUGGCUGACCUUCUGCAGCACAUCAACCAGAUGAAGACGGCCGAGGGCUACGGCUUCAAGCAGGAGUACGAGAGCUUCUUUGAAGGCUGGGAUGCCACCAAAAAGAAAGACAAGCUCAAAGGCAGCCGGCAGGAGCCAAUGCCUGCCUAUGAUCGGCACCGAGUGAAACUCCACCCAAUGCUGGGGGACCCCGAUGCUGACUACAUUAAUGCCAACUACAUAGACGGUUACCACAGGUCAAACCACUUCAUAGCCACUCAAGGGCCGAAGCCUGAGAUGGUCUAUGACUUCUGGCGCAUGGUGUGGCAGGAGCACUGUUCCAGCAUCGUCAUGAUCACCAAGCUGGUAGAGGUGGGCAGGGUGAAGUGUUCACGGUACUGGCCAGAGGACUCAGACAUGUACGGCGACAUCAAGAUCACGCUGGUGAAGACGGAGACUCUAGCUGAAUAUGUCGUGCGCACCUUUGCCCUGGAGCGGAGAGGCUACUCUGCCCGACACGAAGUCCGCCAGUUCCACUUCACAGCAUGGCCAGAGCACGGUGUCCCCUACCAUGCUACAGGGCUGCUGGCCUUUAUCCGGCGUGUGAAGGCCUCCACCCCACCCGAUGCUGGGCCUGUUGUCAUCCACUGCAGCGCGGGCACCGGCCGCACAGGUUGCUACAUCGUUCUGGACGUGAUGCUGGACAUGGCAGAGUGUGAGGGUGUUGUGGACAUUUACAACUGCGUGAAGACCCUCUGCUCCCGGCGUGUCAACAUGAUCCAGACUGAGGAGCAGUACAUCUUCAUCCACGAUGCAAUCCUGGAGGCCUGCCUGUGUGGGGAGACCACCAUCCCUGUCAGUGAGUUCAAGGCCACCUACAAGGAGAUGAUCCGCAUUGAUCCUCAGAGUAAUUCCUCCCAGCUUCGGGAAGAGUUCCAGACACUGAACUCAGUCACCCCACCGCUGGACGUGGAGGAGUGUAGCAUCGCUCUGCUGCCCCGGAACCGUGACAAGAACCGCAGCAUGGACGUCCUGCCACCUGAUCGCUGCCUGCCCUUCCUCAUCUCCACCGAUGGGGACCCCAACAACUACAUCAAUGCGGCCCUGACUGAUAGCUACACACGGAGCGCGGCCUUCAUCGUGACCCUGCACCCACUACAGAGCACCACACCCGACUUCUGGCGGCUGGUCUAUGACUACGGGUGCACCUCCAUCGUCAUGCUCAACCAGCUGAACCAGUCCAACUCUGCCUGGCCCUGCCUACAGUACUGGCCAGAGCCAGGCCGGCAGCAGUAUGGCCUCAUGGAGGUGGAGUUUGUGUCAGGCACAGUGGAUGAAGACUUAGUGGCCCGAGUUUUCCGGGUGCAGAACAUUUCUCGACUGCAGGAGGGGCACCUGCUAGUGCGGCACUUCCAGUUUCUGCGCUGGUCUGCAUACCGGGACACACCUGACUCCAAAAAGGCUUUCCUGCACCUGCUGGCUGAGGUGGACAAGUGGCAGGCAGAGAGCGGGGAUGGGCGCACCAUCGUGCACUGCCUAAAUGGGGGUGGCCGCAGCGGCACCUUCUGCGCCUGCGCCACCGUCCUGGAGAUGAUCCGCUGCCACAGCCUGGUGGACGUUUUCUUUGCUGCCAAAAUGCUUCGGAACUACAAGCCCAAUAUGGUGGAAACCAUGGAUCAGUACCACUUUUGCUACGAUGUGGCCCUGGAGUACCUGGAGGGGCUGGAGUCAAGAUAGCAGGGGCCCCUGGCCUGGGGCACCCACUGCACACUCAGGGCCAGGUCCACCAUCCUGGACUGGCGAGGAAGACCUGUGCUUCCAAGUCUGCUCAACCACGGCCCCCACGGGGAAAGUGCUGGAGUGGAUGCUGGGCCAUCUUGGUGUCCCCUUCAUGGGGGGCAGGGCCUUUUGUUAUGUCCCAUAGGCAGGCUGUGGGCCAAGGAGGAGCUUAGCAAGACUGCAGCCCCACCCCACCUCCACAGGGUCCUGCAGCCUGUACUGAGAGGCCUGGCACUGCCUGGUAGAGCGAUGGGGGCUCAGAAUGGCCAGCUCUGGGGGACGCAGGCCAGGCCCCUUGAUUCCAUCUCAGCCCUUGGCAGAGAUGAGUGAGGCCCUGCAGAGAGCAUCCUAGGCCAGGGUUUCCACUCGGCUCAGCUCCCUCUGCACAUGGGUGCAUUGAGGCUUGGCAUCUAGAAUCCCAUUUGGCCUAGCUGCUGAGGGUCCUGGGGAGGCUGGGCUCUGCCCUAAUUUGCUAGUGAGACACAUUGACUGUCCUCCCCAGGGGAACUACAGCGCCUUCCUCCACCCAACUGUCCCUUGCAGCCCCUGGGGUAUUUGGCUCCCCAUCCCACCCUGUUUCUGCUUCCCUGGCAUGUGCUCUGAGUUUUCUGAACCAGCAUCUGCCCAUUCGUGCUGUGGCCCACGUGGGGCUGCUUCCCUGCCUGAGCAAUGCCUGCAGAAUGAAGUCACCUCAGCCUCUAUUCCUGUAACCUUCAGGCCUUACUGGCCUGGUCCUGCUCAGCUUGGGCCAGUGACAGUCUGCAAGGUUGAACAGCAUCCCUUGGGUUGAGGUCCCUGUGGCUCCUGGCCAGGCUGCCCACUGGGCAGGGGGCAGAGCCAGAGGAGGUCUGGUCACAUGCCUAGAGUUCAGAGGAAGAAAAGGGGUAUUUUGGAAGGAGGAUCAAUGCUUUUUUAUUUUGUUAUUUUUUGAUGGGUGGGUGGGAAGUUCUCUUUAAAAUGGGGCAGGCUACACCCCCGUUCUGUGCCUCAAUUUCCCCAUCUGUAAACUGUAGAUACGACUACUGACCUACCUCACAGGGGGCUGUGGGGAGGCAUAAGCUGAUGUUUGUAAAGCGCUUUGUAAAUAAACAUGCUCUCUGAAUGCUA